GCGAGCCCGCGCACAAUGGCGCGCUCCCGCCGCCCCCGCACGCCGCAGGCCAAGUCCUCGCCGCCCAGAUCGAGGGAGCCGGCCGCGGUCGCUGCGGCUUCCCCGGGCCCAGCGGCCUCCCGCCCCCGCCCCCGCCGCCGGCUGCGCGUGCAGAGCCCCUCUCUGGCCGCGUCCGCGCGCCGCGUGGCGGCCGCCCCGCCCGCCACCCCGCCGCUCCGCUGGCCCGGGGACGCCGUCGCGCGCGUCGCCUCCGUGAGGAAGAUCGCCGCGGCGCUCUGGAGGGUCCACCCGCCGCAGGCGCCGCCGCGGGAGGUGCCCGAGGAACCGCGGCGACGGCCGCAGCCUAACCCGAAGCCUCUGCAUACGCCGGAUCGGUGCAAUUACUACAAAGCUGUCCUGGAAGGCAGGUCAGGAAGAAAGCCUCUUGGCAACGGCAGCAUUCAUGAGGUGGGAGCUUACUCUCCAUCACCUCGAAUCGAAAUGGAGGUGGCAACCAAGUGGGACCGGCGUGGCUUGAACACGUCAAGGGAUGCUGACUGUGAUUCCUUUGAUCAUUAUCCAGUGAGUGCUGAUGCAGAAAUCUCUGCACUAAGAGCAGAGCUUAUGCAGGCUCACAACCGGAUUCAUGAGCUUGAAGCUGAGAGUCGGUCUGCAAAGAAGAAGCUUGAUCACAUGUUAAGGAGCCUUUCUGAGGAAAAGGCUUCCUGGAAGAGCAGGGAGCAUGAUAAGGUUCGAGACAUCUUCGAUGGUGUUAAAGAGAGUCUGAACCGGGAGAGGAAGAACCGACAAAGGGCAGAAAUUAUGAAUUCCAAGUUGGCCACUGAGGUAUCCGAGUUGAAGUUGGUGGCAAAGCGAUACUUGCAAGAUUAUGAAAAGGAGAGGAAGGCCAGGGAGCUUAUGGAGGAGGUGUGUGAUGAAUUAGCAAAGGAGAUUGCCGAAGACAAAGCUGAGGUUGAGGCUCUGAAGAGUGAAUCUAUGAAGAUGAGAGAUGAGCUGGAGGAAGAAAGGAAGAUGCUGCAGAUGGCGGAGGUUUGGCGCGAAGAGAGGGUUCAGAUGAAGCUCGUUGAUGCAAAGCUGACACUAGACAGCAAGUAUUCACAGCUGAGCGACCUUCAGUCUGAGGUUGAGGCUUUCCUCAGUUCCCAUGGAGGCAAUACUGCAGAUAAAGAGAUGGUAAGAGAUGCAGAAAGGCUAAGGGAAGCAAUUUGCUCGAUGAAGUUUCAUGAUAUUAAGGAGUUCUCUUACAAACCGCCACCUGCUUCAGAGGAUAUUUUUGCUGUAUUUGAGGAGCUCAGACAGAGGGAAGACACCGAGGAGAGGGAGAUUGGGCAGUGUAACGGAGAUAUCCCCAUCGGUCAUGCAACAAAUAUCCACACAGUUAGUCCUGAAAAUGACAUCUUCCUGGAAAAACCAUUGAAGAGGUAUCCCCAUCAACCCUGUGCCAGAAACGAAGAGGAAGAUGACAGCGGAUGGGAGACUGUCAGCCAUGUCGAUGAGCACGGCUCGAGCAACUCACCAGGUGGGAGUGAACCAUCAGUGAACGGCUUCUGUGGAGGAGACGGCGCAUCGAUGAGUGGAACGGACUGCGAUGACAAUUCUGAAAACUGCAGGUCCAUUAGCGGUAUCAGCGAAGUAUGUUCGACCACAGCAGAGAAGUACCGGAAGAGAGGGCCUUCUUUCGCCAGACUCUGGAGAUCAUCAAACAACGACAAUGGCCGCAAGAAAACAGGAUCAGAGUUACUGAACGGGAUGCUCUCAAGUGGCAGAAUGUCAAACUCCGCUCUUUCGCCCACUCUGAAGGGCAGCGAGGUGUGCACGGUUUCGCCGAGCGUGGGCGAGUGGAGCCCGGAGCUGGUGAACCCUCACGUGGUCCGCGCGAUGAAAGGUCGCAUCGAAUGGCCCCAGGGCGCGAAGAAGCAGAGCCUGAAGUCAAAGCCUCUGGAUUCGAGAUUCGACGGCCGCAAGGUCCAGCUGCGCCAAGCAUUGAAGCAGAAGAUAUAGGAUGGCCCGUCCACACGCUGUAUCCAAUUUCUGAAUAUAGGACCAUCUUGCCUUGGAAGGGUGCCUGGUCUGUAAGAAGAAAUGACUUGUAGUAACAUUGGUCCCUGAAAUGGGUGCCUAUCAUCGGCUGUACCUAAUUGAUGUUCUGAUAGCCCUUUAGCUCGCAUAGAAUAUUCACGACGCCCUUGUAAUCAAAUGUAGUAUUAGUAGUGUCUUUCAAUCAAAUGCAUUACUUAGGCAUGUCUCUGGACACUUUUGA